GCAAGUUGAAUUUUAUAUGAAUGAAAACACAUUUAAAGAGAGACUAAAGUUAUUUUUUAUCAAAAACCAGAGAUCAAGUCUAAGAAUACGUCUGUUCAAUUUUUCUCUCAAAUUAUUAAGCUGCUUUUUGUACAUAAUCCGAGUGCUACUAGAAAACCCUUCACAAGGAAAUGAAUGGUCUCAUAUCUUUUGGGUGAACAGAAGUCUACCUUUAUGGGGCUUACAGGUUUCAGUGGCAUUGAUAAGUCUCUUUGAAACAAUACUACUUGGUUAUCUCAGUUAUAAGGGAAACAUCUGGGAACAGAUUUUACGAAUACCCUUCAUCUUGGAAGUAAUUAAUGCGGUUCCCUUCAUUAUCUCAAUAUUCUGGCCUUCCUUAAGAAAUCUAUUUGUUCCAGUCUUUCUAAACUGUUGGCUUGCCAAACAUGCCUUGGAAAAUAUGAUUAAUGACCUACACAGAGCUAUUCAGCGUACACAGUCUGCAAUGUUUAAUCAAGUUUUGAUUUUAAUAUCUACAUUACUAUGCCUUAUCUUCACCUGCAUUUGUGGAAUCCAACAUCUGGAACGAAUAGGAAAGAAGCUGAAUCUCUUUGACUCCCUUUAUUUCUGCAUUGUGACGUUUUCUACUGUGGGCUUUGGGGAUGUCACUCCAGAAACAUGGUCGUCCAAGCUUUUCGUUGUUGCCAUGAUCUGUGUUGCUCUCGUGGUUCUCCCCAUACAGUUUGAACAGCUGGCCUAUUUGUGGAUGGAGAGACAAAAGUCAGGUGGAAACUAUAGUCGACACAGAGCUCAAACUGAAAAGCACGUUGUUCUGUGUGUCAGCUCACUGAAGAUUGACUUACUCAUGGACUUUUUGAAUGAAUUCUAUGCUCAUCCAAGACUCCAGGAUUAUUAUGUGGUGAUUUUGUGUCCUACUGAAAUGGAUGUGCAGGUCCGAAGGGUCCUACAGAUUCCGAUGUGGUCACAAAGAGUCAUCUACCUUCAAGGUUCAGCCCUUAAAGAUCAGGAUCUGUUGCGAGCAAAGAUGGAUGAUGCUGAGGCCUGUUUUAUUCUGAGCAGCCGUUGUGAAGUAGAUAGGACAUCCUCUGACCACCAAACAAUUUUGAGAGCAUGGGCUGUAAAAGAUUUUGCUCCAAAUUGCCCUUUGUAUGUCCAGAUCUUAAAGCCUGAAAAUAAAUUCCAUAUCAAAUUUGCUGAUCAUGUUGUUUGUGAAGAAGAGUUUAAAUACGCCAUGUUAGCUUUAAACUGUAUAUGCCCAGCAACAUCUACACUUAUUACACUACUGGUUCAUACCUCUAGAGGGCAAGAAGGCCAGCAAUCUCCAGAACAAUGGCAGAAGAUGUACGGCAGAUGCUCUGGGAAUGAAGUGUACCACAUUGUUUUGGAAGAAAGUACAUUUUUUGCUGAAUAUGAAGGAAAGAGCUUCACCUAUGCUUCUUUCCAUGCACACAAAAAGUUUGGUGUCUGCUUGAUUGGUAUUAGGAGGGAGGAUAAUAAAAACAUUUUGCUGAAUCCAGGUCCUCGAUAUAUUAUGAGUGCUACAGAUAUAUGUUUCUAUAUUAAUAUUACCAAAGAAGAGAAUUCAGCAUUUAAAAAUCACGACCAUCAGAAAAAAAGCAAUGUAUCAAGGUCAUUUUAUCAUGGACCAUCUAGAUUACCUGUACAUAGCAUAAUUGCCAGCAUGGGUACUGUGGCCAUAGACUUGCAAGACACAAGCUGUAGGUCAGCAAGUGGCCCUACCCUGUCUCUUCCUUCAGAAGGAAACAAAGAAGUCAGAAGACCCAGCAUUGCUCCCGUUUUAGAGGUUGCAGAUACGUCAUCACUUCAAACAUGCGAUCUUCUAAGUGAUCAAUCAGAAGAUGAAACUACACCAGAUGAAGAAAUGUCCUCAAAUGUGGAAUAUGCUAAAGGCUACCCACCUUACUCUCCAUAUAUAGGAAGUUCACCCACCUUUUGUCAUCUCCUUCAUGAAAAAGUGCCAUUUUGCUGCUUAAGACUAGACAAGAGUUGCCAGCAUAACUACUAUGAGGACGCAAAAGCCUAUGGAUUCAAAAAUAAGCUAAUUAUAGUUGCAGCUGAAACAGCUGGAAAUGGAUUGUAUAAUUUUAUUGUUCCUCUCAGGGCUUAUUAUAGACCAAAGAAAGAACUUAAUCCCGUAAUACUGCUAUUGGAUAACCCUCUAGACGAUUUACUCAGGUGUGGAGUGACUUUCGCUGCCAACAUGGUGGUUGUGGACAAAGAAAGCACCAUGAGUGCCGAGGAAGACUACAUGGCAGAUGCCAAAACGAUUGUAAACGUGCAGACCCUUUUCAGGUUGUUUUCCAGUCUCAGUAUUAUCACAGAGCUCACCCACCCAGCCAACAUGAGAUUCAUGCAAUUCAGAGCCAAAGACUGUUACUCCCUUGCUCUUUCAAAGCUGGAAAAGAAAGAAAGAGAGCGAGGUUCUAAUUUGGCCUUUAUGUUCCGACUGCCUUUUGCUGCCGGGAGGGUGUUCAGUAUCAGCAUGUUGGACACGCUUCUUUACCAGUCAUUUGUGAAGGACUACAUGAUUUCUAUCACCAGACUUCUGUUGGGAUUGGACACUACACCAGGAUCAGGGUUUCUUUGCUCUAUGAAAAUCACCGAGGAUGACUUAUGGAUCAGGACUUAUGCCAGACUGUAUCAGAAGUUAUGUUCUUCUACUGGAGAUGUUCCCAUUGGAAUCUACAGGACUGAAUCUCAAAAACUUACUACAUCUGAGUCUCAAAUAUCCAUCAGUGUGGAAGAGUGGGAAGACACCAAAGAUGCCAAAGAGCAAGGUCACCACCGAAGUAACCACCGCAACUCAACAUCCAGUGACCAGUCCGACCAUCCCCUGCUAAGGAGGAAGAGCAUGCAGUGGGCCCGAAGACUGAGCAGAAAAGGUCCCAAACACUCCGGUAAAACAGCUGAGAAAAUAACCCAGCAGCGCCUGAACCUCUACAGGAGGUCAGAAAGACAAGAGCUUGCUGAACUUGUGAAAAAUAGAAUGAAACACUUGGGUCUUUCUACAGUGGGAUAUGAUGAAAUGAAUGAUCAUCAAAGUACCCUCUCCUACAUCCUGAUAAACCCAUCUCCAGAUACCAGACUAGAGCUGAAUGAUGUUGUAUACUUAAUCCGACCCGAUCCACUGGCCUACCUACCAAAUGGUGAACCCAGUCGAAAAAACAGCAUCUGCAACACCACAGGCCAAGAUUCUCGGGAGGAAACUCAGCUUUGAUAAAAAAGAAAAUAAGAGACUUUUUUCUCCUACAAGGAUCUUGCUUGAAACAACUCUAAAUCUUAGAAAAACAAGAGUGUUGCUGGCAUGAAAUAAACUAGAUUGGAGUAUAUCCAAUUCUCUCAUAUUAAAAAAAAAUCUAUUCUCCUAGAAGUUUAGAUAACUUUGAAAUUUAAAGUACUGCUUUGUUGGUACUCCUCCCAUUAAUAUUUGAAAGACAUCAAUGGAAUGAUUUUGAAAACCUAAAUUGAAACGCAAAAAUUUGAACCUGAUGUUUCAUUGUUUGACAAUAAUACAAACUGUAUGAAGCCAAUUUUUUAAAAGUAUUAAGGUUUAUGAAAGUAAACUAGAAGUCCAGUUAUAUUUGGUGCGUCCCAAUGGACAUAGA